AAAAUUUAUUUUGAUAAAAAUGAGAAUCAAACGGGCCAUUAAUUUUCAAUUAUACUUUCUACCUAACCUGCUUUUCCUUUCCAAUUUUCGUCUUGCUCUAUGAUAUAUGAUAUUGAUUUGCGUUUGCAGUUUCCUCUCUUGUCCAAGAGCAAUCUCUUACAAAAGCUUGUUUCGAGAGCCAGUGAGGAGAGUUCUAAUGAAAUUAAGUUAGUCGAUUUUCCUGGUGGACCAAAAGCAUUCGAAAUGUGUGCUAAAUUUUGUUAUGGAAUGACGGUUACUCUUAAUCCCUACAAUAUUGUAGCCGCACGUUGUGCCGCAGAGUAUCUUGAGAUGAUUGAAGAUGUUGAGAGAGGAAACCUGAUUUUCAAGAUUGAAGUAUUUCUCAACUCGAGUAUUUUGCAAAGCUGGAAAGAUUCCAUUAUUGUUCUUCAGACUAGCAAGUCUCUUCUUCCUUUGUCUGAGAAUCUAAAGUUGGUAGCCAGAUGCGUAGAUUCUGUAGCAUCAAAAACCUCAGUUGAUCCCUCAAAAGUUACCUGGUCCUAUACCUAUAAUAGGAAAUUAGCAACUUCAGACAAGAUAAUUGAAAAUGCCAUGAAGUUUCCAGAGAAAUUGGAUUUUGUUCCAAAAGAUUGGUGGGUCGAAGAUAUAUGUGAACUAGACAUUGAUCUGUACAAGCGGGUUAUGAUUGCUGUGAAAUUGAAAGGUAGAACGGAUGGAAAUGUUAUUGGGGAGGCACUGAAGACUUAUGCAGUAAGAUGGUUGCCAGAUUCAAUUGAAUCUCUGGCAUCUGAAGUUUACAACAAGGGGAACAAAUCUUUGGUCGAAACUAUAAUUUGCCUAUUGCCUCCGGACAAGGGAAUUAGCUGUUCUUGUAGUUUCUUGCUCAAACUACUGAAAGUUGCUAUUCUAGUCGGAGCAGAUGAUACAUCUAGGGAAGAUCUGAUUGAAAGUAUCAGCUUGAAAUUGGACGAGGCUUCUGUCAAUGAUCUCUUGAUCCCGGCAAGAUCUCCCCAGAUGACCAUUUAUGAUGUUGAACUUGUCCAGUCUCUCGUGGAUCGAUUUGUGACUCAUUGGAAACGUAAUACAGAUUCUAAUAUUGGCGAGAAGGACAAAAUGAAAGAGAAUGACUUUGUUUUAGGGCGUGGUUCCUGGUUGAACGUUGGAAAAGUUGUUGAUGGUUAUCUUGCAGAAAUUGCUCGUGAUAUAAAUCUCUCUGUCUCUAGUUUUAUUGAGCUAUCACAGUCGAUCCCUGUGUCAGCUAGACCAAUUCAUGAUGGAAUAUACAGUGCCAUUGAUGUCUACUUGAAGGUAGGGACCUCCUUCUCCUUGGCUUAUAUUUUUCUCUAUUCUAGAAGUGCUAUGAGAAUUGCAAUAACUAUUGCUUUUUUAUGUACAAUAUUGACUCACACUUGCUUUUUAGGACAUAUAUUAUGCUAAAAGUACGUUUGAUUG